UAGUAUAAAUAGUACACUUGCAUGCUCUCUUUACUUGCCCAUAUAAACCGUAUUCCCAACUCUCGCUCUCUUCACUAUCUUAAUUCCUAUUUCCUACCAAACAUGGCCAUGGAUUUGCGACUGCAAGUUCCUGCUCUUUUCUUGCUUACUUUUCUAGCAAUACAUGUAUCAAGUUGCAAACAAGAGGACUAUUGGAAAAUGAAGCUACCAAAAGUUCCCAUGCCAGAAGCAAUCAAGCAUAGUCUUCUUCAUUCUGGAGGCGAGAACAAGUUGAAGGAUGAGUAUACAAUUAAACAACCUUACACCGUGGGAUCAUGGAAGUAUGAUGUAGACAAGAAUAAGGUGGUUGAUGAAUCUGCACUCAAACAACCUUUCACUGUGGGUUCAUGGAAGUAUGAUGCAGACAAGAACAAGGUCAAGGAUGACUCUGCAUUCAAACAACCUUUCACUGUGGGUUCAUGGAAGUAUGAUGUAGACAAGAACAAGGUCAAGGAUGACUCUGCACUUAAACAACCUUACACUGUGGGUUCAUGGAGGUAUGAUGCAGACAAGAAUAAAGUGGAGGAUGAAUCUGCACUUAAGCAACCUUACACCGUGGGAUCAUGGAAGUAUGAUGCAGACAAGAAUAAGGUGGUGGAUGAAUCUGCACUCAAACAACCUUACACUGUGGGUUCAUGGAAGUAUGAUGUAGACAAGAACAAGGUCAAGGAUGACUCUGCACUUAAACAACCUUACACUGUGGGUUCAUGGAAGUAUGAUGUAGACAAGAACAAGGUCAAGGAUGACUCUGCACUUAAACAACCUUACACUGUGGGUUCAUGGAGGUAUGAUGCAGACACGAAUAAAGUGAAGGACGAAUCUGCACUUAAGCAACCUUUCACCGUGGGAUCAUGGAAGUAUGAUGCAGACAAGAAUAAGGUGGUGGAUGAAUCUGCACUCAAACAACCUUACACUGUGGGUUCAUGGAAGUAUGAUGCAGACAAGAACAAGGUCAAGGAUGACUCUGCACUCAAACAACCUUACACUGUGGGUUCAUGGAAGUAUGAUGCAGACAAGAACAAGGUCAAGGAUGACUCUGCACUUAAACAACCUUACACUGUGGGUUCAUGGAAGUAUGAUGUAGACAAGAAUAAGGUCAAGGAUGACUCUGCACUUAAACAACCUUACACUGUGGGUUCAUGGAGGUAUGAUGCAGACACGAAUAAAGUGAAGGACGAAUCUGCACUUAAGCAACCUUUCACCGUGGGAUCAUGGAAGUAUGAUGCAGACAAGAAUAAGGUGGUGGAUGAAUCUGCACUCAAACAACCUUACACUGUGGGUUCAUGGAAGUAUGAUGUAGACAAGAACAAGGUUAAGGAUGACUCUGCACUUAAACAACCUUUCACUGUGGGUUCAUGGAAGUAUGAUGCAGACAAGAACAAGGUCAAGGAUGACUCUGCACUUAGACAACCUUACACUGUGGGUUCAUGGAAGUAUGAUGUAGACAAGAAUGAGGUUAAGGAUGACUCUGCACUUAAACAACCUUACACUGUGGGUUCAUGGAAGUACAACGAGAAUGAUGAAUCUAAACAAGCUUCACCUCAUCAUCUUCACCAUCAAAAACUCAUGCAUGAGAAUGUCAACUCAAACGAUAAAGAAGACUUGACAGAUGGAUCAGUGUUCUUUGUGGAGAAAAGUUUGCAUAUUGGGUCUAAGCUUAAGCAUGAUUUUCAAAAGACUCCUGAAAUGUCUUUCUUGUCAAAGCAAGAAGCACAAUCCAUCCCUUUCUCAAUGGAAAAAAUUGGUGACAUUCUCAACUUGUUUUCCUUGAAAUCUAAUUCAGCAGAAGCAAAUGCUAUCAAAGGAACCCUUGAUAUAUGUUUGUAUAGGCCAAAAGUUUCAAAAGAAAACAGGACUUGUGCUCAAUCAAUGGAGGACAUUGUAGAUUUUGUUGUAGGAGAGCUCGGAACAAAUGAAGUUGAAAUAAAAAUGAUGAACAACAACAUUGAGGUACCUAAUGGCAUACAAGAUUAUUUAUUAUCAAAGGUUGAAAAGUUGUUUGUACCAGGAAAUACUGCAGUGGCAUGCCAUAGGAUGAGUUAUCCUUAUAUUGUGUACUAUUGUCACCACCAACAAGACAUUGGCCAAUACAAUGUCACUUUGGUUAGCCCGAGCACUGGUGCCGCCUUUCAAACCACUGCGGUAUGUCAUUACGACACGUAUGCUUGGCAGCCUGACGUGGUGGCUCUCAAAUAUCUUGGGAUUCGCCCUGGCGAUGCUCCUGUGUGUCACUUCUCUGCAAUAAAUGACAUGUUUUGGACUCUGAAAGAUGAGCCCAAAUCACUUGACAUGGUUCAAUGAAAAGGAUUCAUUUAUAUGCUUAUGCUACUGUUACUAAGGAAUCCUAGCUAGAUGUAUCAUGUAACAUAAAUAAUGGAUGGUAUACAAUAUAAUGAUAUACUAUCCAUGCAUGGUUUGCUUAAUGUUGUAUUUUGUAUCAAGUCUUUUAAGGUAAGUGUACUAGCUACUAGCUAGUGUAUUAUUGUGCCCAUGGAUGCUUGAUGCAAUUCAAAAUAUAAUGCAAGAACUUGUUAGACCA